GGCGCCCCUUUCUGCUUUACAACGUUUGCGGCUGAACGAGAAACGCUAUGUCUGGCAGAGGCAAAGGCGGGAAGGGGCUCGGCAAGGGCGGCGCCAAGCGCCACCGCAAGGUGCUGCGCGACAACAUCCAGGGCAUCACCAAGCCGGCCAUCCGCCGCCUGGCUCGGCGCGGCGGCGUCAAGCGCAUCUCGGGGCUCAUCUACGAGGAGACGCGCGGCGUGCUGAAGGUGUUCCUGGAGAACGUGAUCCGCGACGCCGUCACCUACACCGAGCACGCCAAGAGGAAGACGGUGACGGCCAUGGACGUGGUCUACGCCCUCAAGCGCCAGGGACGCACCCUCUACGGCUUCGGCGGCUAAACUCCAGUCACUAAAAUUACAUCAAUAAAACCACCAAGGCUCUUUUCAGAGCCACCCACAAAUUUCACAACGAGAGCUGUUUAUUACUGAUUUUUGAGCUAAGAUUGCGAUAGACUUACUGUGAAAGUGUCCUGGUUGUGCAAUUCAAGAAUCAGUCAUGUAA